UCUCUGCCGCUAAGGAUGUCGUUCAUCGUCAAGACCUUCUAUGACCUGAAGGCCACCACGCUGGAGGGCGACCUGGUGGACUUCAACGUGUUCCGGGGGCGGGUGGUGCUGAUAGAGAAUGUGGCCUCGCUCUGAGGCACCGCCAGCCAGGACUUCAGCCAGCUCAACCAUCUCCAGAGCAAGUAUCCACAUCGGCUGGUGGUCCUGGCAUUCCCCUGUAACCAGUUUGGAUAUCAGGAGAAUUGUACCAAUGCUGAGAUCCUAAAUUCACUCCAACAUGUACGUCCAGGAGGAGGAUUCCAACCUAACUUCACCGUCUUUGAGAAGAGUGACGUGAACGGAUCAAACACUCAUCCCGUUUUCGCCUAUCUCAAAGACAAACUCCCAUAUCCUGAAGAUGACCCCACAUCUCUCAUGCAGGACCCCAAAUAUCUGGUUUGGAGUCCUGUCAAUAGAACGGACGUAUCCUGGAACUUUGAAAAGUUCCUCAUAGCACCUGAGGGAGAGCCGUUUAAAAGAUACAGCAAAACGUUCCCCAACGUUAACAUAGAGCCUGAUAUUCAGAGAUUAUUAAAACUAACCAAAACUUGAAAAUGAGGACUUUUUAAUCCA